AUGUGCUCGGAAUGGAAUAAAAUGGAUUCUAGUGAAUUUAUGCUAUAACUUUGCUUUCUAAACUUGUAAUUGUUUGGACUUUAUAUCUAGCCUACAAUUCAUCAAAGGUGGGACUUAAUCAAACUUGGCAUCCUCUCUCAUGCUCAUCAAAAGGGCAUGACUAAGUGCUUGUUAAUCCAAAAUCUGAGUUUUAUCUUUUCUCCAAAAAUGCAAUUUGAAGUUUAUUUUACUUUCACGGUUAGAUCCCUUUCACGGUUAGAUCCCUUUCACAAACCUUAAACUGGUUAUUUGCAUAGUGGAUAAUUUGAAUCAUCUGGGUUCUGAGCAAUGUUAUUGAUUUUGUACCUUACCAGCUGGUACACUAUGAUAUGGUAUGUGUUUCAUACCAGUUAAUUUUUUAUCCAUAUCAGCCAAGAAAAUAGUGUACUAUCCAAAAUAUGUUGUACUGGACGAAAAGUGUAACCAUACCUGUAACAAAAUCGGUACACAUGUAAGUAUGUUAUUAACAAUGGUUCCAAGUCUUGUUUGAUACCAUUCUUUGUUUUGUGUGAAAUCUACACAAGCAUAUUUUUUAGUAAGUUCUCUGCUUCUGCCUUGCAAGUUUAUUUGACUGGAGUGUCCAGUCCACGCAUGCCUUACAAGCUUUUAACAUUUGGGAAGUGAGUGUCAUUAUGUAGGGACUAUAGAUUGGAUAUAUGGACGUGUUGUUCUGACCAUUGGCUGUUGUGCCAUUGUAUGUAGAAAUAUAUCGAUCUUUGACAUCCCCCUUAUGGGCUUCUGAACCUUCAAUUGUAAGCCAAAUUAGUUUCUAGUCAAUUUUCUCCUUUGUGUAUAACAUCAGUUUUGCCUUUGGUGAAUUUAUUUCUGAAUUGGUUAUCCUUAUUUUCUUGAUCAUGCCUACAAUAGUAAACCAAGUUAGUUUCUAGUCAGUUUUCUCCUUUGUGUACAACAUUGGAUCACAUUUGCCUUUUGUGCAUUUAUUACUGAAUUGGUUAUCCUAUUUUCUUGAUCAUGCCUGCUCCUCUUCUAUCCUCUAGGUUUUCCGGAUGAGAUUUUCUGUUGGUAUAUAACCUGUGUAUCUUCUAAUGGACUUUAGCAAUCUAGUUCCCACUUUCAACUAAGUGAGAAAUCUAAGUUCUGCUAUGAAGAUUUGGUUGUACAUUUAAUUCUGGCAUUCAUCAAUUAGCUUGUCGGUGCUAAUUAUUAAUAAAAAUAAAAAGUUGCUAUGUGAAUGCUCACUUUGCUUUAAUUGAAUCAGCAGAAGAGAUGCCCUGCUCUUCAGGAACAGAAUUGUUAUCCAAAGAGGUUAGUUAUCCCCUUCCCCUUUUUUCAACAAAUGAUGCCAAGCUUUUCUGUAAUUGUUCUUUGUUUUUCUUCAUACCACAAUUCAACCCUUAAUUGAUGAGUGAAAGAGAUCCUGUAUGAUACUGUGUUGUUUUUGUGGGUUUAACAUGUUACAAUGCUUUGAAAAUAUU